UGUGCCAAGACUGGAGAGGGGUGAUAUCACAGAAACCUUUAGACAUGCAAGAGAAGUUGAAGAUGCCACAAAUACAUCAAAUGAAUACAACAGAUUUCCAGGCCAAUAAACUUAAGAGAGCUUCAUCUACAGCUAAGAAGCCAGAAAGGAGAGCUAGCAGUGCAAAACGUAUUGUCUUUGAAACGCAGGAAAAAGUUAAAAGAAUUGGACCACACCUAGAUAUCUUUGAGGCUUUUCAUGGAGCCAGAAGGAAGACUAGCUUUAGAAAAUUAGUAAAUGCAAUUGUCUGCAUUCAGAGAUUUGUCAGAGGAUGGCUUGAACGUAUCAGAUAUAGGAGAAUAAAGAUCAAGUCUGAAAGUCAUGGGCCAUCCCUUUCAGCAGUUGUGAAGAAAUACCGUAAAAUGUUGAGUCGUAUUAAGCGCAGAUCUGGUCUUUUGAAUCUAUCUACAUCGCUCAGCUUUUCAGAACUAGAGGAGUGGAUGGACAAGAAAACAUUUUAUGAAACAAUGUUUGCCAAGAGAGAGUUCUGGAAAGAGAUGGACAGAAGCGAUCUGCCUGGAUUUUUAAGAGACUGUGGACAUUUUCUAUCCCCGCAUCAAAUAGAUGAGGCUUUGCGUUUGGUCUGUCCAGCUGUAACAACAGAGGGCAUUAAUGGCUAUUCAUUCAGCAUUUGUGCCAUGAGAAAAAAUGUUAUGGAGAUGCAUGAGACUUCAGGUGACAUCUGCUUUAUGGCAACACAGAUGAGACAUCAGGUGACACCUGUUUCAACCCUAAGGCUCCCAACUGGAGUUGGUGGAUCAGGAACUUGA